UAAAAAGAUAGCAAGAUGGCAAAGUCACUUGAAAAGAGGAAGCCAGGGGCCUCUCUGCAUGAAUACGGGGAGAAUCAUAUUAAUUUCUAUAAUUAUGCAGGAAUAAGACCGGAUGUAACCCCUCCUACUCUUGCGCAUGGCAAUAAUAGUUCAUACUUGACAACAGCCAAAGAUGGGUUAUAUAAAACAAAAUAAGGGCAAGAAGAAAGAUAUUAGUAAAAUUAUUGAAGGACCUCAGAACAUCUACCUCGGAAAUCCCUCACCUUCCCAGCCAAGGUUCAGAGGGUUUGUCAAGAAGAAUAUGAAGCUUAGCCAUCCGAAGGUCAAGGCUAAGCAGGUAAACUCAAUGAGCAGGAAGUCUUCCUCAGUUAGAAACAAUAGAGGAAAGAAAUAUACGAAUAAUGACAACGAUCAAGCAACCAAAAAGUAUUUCAGCAACAUUAGAAAAGUUGGAGUGCUUACCUCGAAUUAUGUGACUAGUGGUAAUAAUUAUGCAUAUCCUGGACCUAACACUAACAAUACAGGUCCUUAUUAUCCCAAAAAUGCCAGAAUAAAUCCUAGGUCAAGGACUAACAGUAGAAAGAGGGGUACUAUUGCACCCAAGCUUAAGGACAGCAGGAACAAUCCUCAGUCAACUGGCCCUCCUGCUGUUAGACAAAAUAGGAAUAGUAUAAAGAAAACAACUCCUAACUAUGGUAUCAGCCAAGGAAGACCAAAGCCAGGGAAUAACCGUUCGAACCUGAAGGAAAGAAUAAAGACAAUAGAAUAUGCUGAUUCAAAUUUCAAAAACUUGGUUGGAAGAAGCAACACUGUUCAGAGAAGGAGAAAACUCCAGGCACAGAACAAUCUCAGUGCCCAAGAUAACUAUGCAAAGCCAUAUAGUAAUAUCGGGCCUUCAAUGAACACCAGAAGUAAUAUUACAAUUGAUCGAACAGCUUCAUUAGGAAACAAGAAAAAUAUAUCAGGUGCAAGUAAUCAUUCGACAAUAGCUAAUUAUACCAACACUAAGAAUUCUAAGAAGGCAUUUUUGACCAAUAAUGAGUAUGAAGAUGAGAGCUUAAUCACUGCUAACUCUUAUAACUAUGGCAAGAAUCCAAACCACAGUGCUAUAAUUGGAGUCAAGAACAACAUUGACCCAAGUCUGACAUCAAAUAAUUUCAAAAGCAAUAAGAACAGCAAAGAGAUCAACCAGAAACCUAAGUUUAGCAAGGUAGUGAGAAAGGAAUUUAGAUCAAAGUCUAACAAAAGAGUUAACAGAGGAAUCUUCGAAAGAGUCUACAUGCAGUCCCCUCAUAAAUUAUUUAAAAAUGGUCAUUCUCAUAUUAAGCUAAGAAGGAAUAUCAGCAAUAAUGAUAGCCAAGGGUCUCUUCUUGGCAAAAAGUUUAACAGGAGAGAUAAUACAGUGUCCCCUACAAUGCCAAGAGUCAAUGGGGUACCUGUUAAUCCAGAUCGGAAUCAUACAACCAUUAAGGAAAGGCCACCCCAGAAAUUCAAUAAUUCUAUGAAGCAUGAAGUCUCCUCAAUAAACACAAGUAAAGAUCAAUCCAGGUUGAACUUCCCAAUUGCAAAGCAUGCGUCAGAGCACGAACUUGAGACACAUGUUGCGAAGGACUACAGUAUCCACCAAUCCUCAGCGAUAGUAGAAAACUGUUCCUCAGUAACCACAAUUAAACGAUCAAAAGUACAUGAAAAUAUGAAGCAGAAGGGAUCAAAAAGAGCUAAAGUAGCCCAGCCUAAAAAGAAAGUUAAGACAAAUGUCGCAGAUUCAUUCUAUUCUACUCAGAAGCAUAUGAAGAAGAACACUGACAACAACAUCAGCUUCUUCGAGUCUAGAGGAAGAGAUAGCAAGUAUAAGAAGGAAGCAUUGCUAAAGUACAAAAAGAAGUCUAAAGAGGAGAUCAAAAGGUCAAACCACUUCAAAGAGAAAGGAGCCAAUAGCUUCACUAAGGAAGCUAGCAAUAUCUUCAACCGGAAAGCUACCCUAGAGAAGCUCAAGGAUGGAUCAAGUGUUGGCAAGUCUUCUCAGGAGAACCCUAAAGGAGCCCGUCAGCUUAAGAAAAAGAACAAGAUGAGUGAGGAUACUUACAUUGAGUCUAAAUCUAGUCUUGCUAAUGUUAUUAAAAAGAAAAGAACAUCCCUCAUAACUAAGAAAUGGAGGAAAGAAGUCAAGAAACAAAUUCAAAAUGAAAAUCUGUUCAAACGGUCAAAGGAGAAAAAGCUAGACUUUUCAAUAAAUGAAUCCCCUCUACAAAGUAAGAAAGAGAUGAAGGGCUCCCAGAAGUUAAGACAUAGCGUCAACCAGUUGAGAAACGAGAUAAUUCAGGAUGACUCUGAAGACGAGGAAUAUACCAUUUCUCGGAAAGAAUCGGAUAAUAGCUCGAUCUUGCACAAAGGAGAUUUUAAACUAGAUGGAAACGGCUCUGAUGGAAACAGCUCUGAUUCAAACCCUCUUCAGAAAAUCAUUGAACAAAGAAUGCUAGAGUCAAGCACAGACUCUGAAGAGAGUGAGGAAGAACUCGAUGAUGACUAUGACAUCGGCAUUGAUGACAUCGACAUUGGCCAAGAAGAAACUAAUGAAAUCUAUACUGCUACAGAGGAUGAAGAGUCCAACAUCCUCAGCGAGUCGCUUAAUACUAGGAUCGAUGAUUCUGCAAAUUAUCAUAAAAAGAAGUUGAAAGAAGCUCUCAGUAAAGGAAAGGAGAUUUCUCCUUUCGAAGACCUAAUUGAAAAAGGUCUCAAGAAUUACAUGAAUACUGGCUUUAGGAAAGAGGUCAAACUCAAAGAGGGAAUAAAACCAAAGGGGAAAUUGACAAAACAGAAUCUCAAAAGUUAUGAUAACAGAAAGAAAAGACCGGAAUCUAAGAAAAAGACAAGAGAAUCACUAGGUCUCUCACAAGGAUUUGACAGCAGUCCAAUCGAGAAAAACUCCCACAGGAAGGAAAAACGAGGAGAAAAGGGACUGGAAGAAGUUCGCAGGGAUCAAAUAGAUCUUCAGGUUAAGAACCCAUUUUCUUAA